UGCAGAAAGUCACCCCGUCGGUCAGACAGAAGCUAGCAGCGCUAACAUGCCCACAGUGUUUCCGAGGGAAGGUCGACAGUAGGACAGCAGCAUCAUUUCAUAUCCCUCAAGCUUCCUGCUAUUCAUUUACUAUUAAUUCGCCUUCAAGUAAACAAAGGAACACUUUUAUUUUUUUUGUGGCUUUUUAAAGAAAGAUCCGUAGCUUCCUCACCUCUUUAGCGAGCUAGCUCCUGUCAGUUUCCAUCUACAGUCAUGGCUGCACUGAGAGCCUCCUAUCACCGGAUUUUGGACAAGAUCGAGCACACACUGCCCGCAAAACUGAGACCCCUGUACAACCACCCAGCAGGUCCAAAGACAGUUUUCUUCUGGGCUCCAAUGUUUAAAUGGGGUCUGGUUGGAGCUGGUCUGGCUGAUAUGACCCGACCAGCAGACAAGCUCAGUACCUCCCAGUCUGCAGUGCUGACAGCCACAGGCCUGAUCUGGUCCAGAUACUCGCUGGUGAUUAUCCCCAAGAACUGGAACCUGUUUUGUGUCAACUUCUUUGUCGGCGGUGCAGGAGCCUCCCAGCUCUACAGGAUCUGGAGGUUUGAUCAGGAUAAGAAGGCAGAGGAGAAAAAGGCUAAAGAGGCCAUAGAGGCUCCGGAGUCCUGAGAGCUUUUUCCUGAUGCCACGGUUGCGCUUCCUUCAGGGGAUUGAAGCGGAGACUUCACUCCCCUCCAUCAUUUCCACAUCGUCCUGUGUUAACCCCCAUGCCAUAACCCUCCCUAAACCACAUUACGCCUGUCGGCCCUGUUGGAAAUGUGCACUUCUCCUCAAGCUUCAAAUUUCAUCAGGGUGUAAAAAAAACAAACAAGAGACAGAACAUUUUUUUUUAACUGUAGUCAACACACACUCAAGAAAUGUGGUCAUUAACGCACAAGUUACCUACUUGUUAAACAACUUUUGAUCGUACGUUCUUUAAUUUAAGUCCAUGCUUUAUGUGUCGUGCACUACUUGGGAAGUCUUUGCCUUUUUAACAUCAGUUUUUUAUGAGUAGCAAUCUGUACCUCAUGCAUUGAUUUCCCCCAAAAAAUGUAACUCUUGGAUACGUGUUGAACGUGGUUUAAAGGGAUGUUUUCUCCAAAGGAAAUGAAGAAGGAUUCAUCACAUUAAUCUCCUCAUUUACUUAUUUAUAAUUAGGUUACAGUUAUUGCAUCUUUACCUCAGUGAUUAUUAGGUCAGCUUUGAUUACCAUGUAAUGAUUCCUUCCAUUUUAAUGGCUUUAAUCUGUGAGCAAAUCAUAAUUUAUUAAUCACUUGAUGAAACAAAUAUCUUGAAAGCUGUAUAGAGAGAUUAAUGUUAUUUUCUGAUUAUUUACCAGGACUGCUUAAACCAAUGCCACAUAUUUAACGUGUGCAGCUCUUUAUUGAUUGUUACAGUCGCCUAGCAAACACUGGCAUGCUAACGGCUCUUUAUUAUCAAAACCAGGUGUUUUAUAUUGUUUGUGUAACUAUAGUAUUUUCUUCGACACGUUUCUCCUAUAGUUAUAAUUAUAAAUUAUAAUCCCCUGAAUAUUUUAGCAAUAACUGGUGUCAUCACUUUAAAAUAUGUCUGUAUCUGCUGACUGUUUGAACAAAUGGCACUUUGACUGUCGCUCGUACUGGCUCCGUGGCUGUCAUUCUAAUAAAGCCCGUUUAACACCUGCA